CAUGACCAAAACACGUAAUCAGCCUGGGACGUUCUUACGGCUCGGUAAAAGUUCUCAAACUGUGCAGAGGAAGCCGGCUAAAAUUCAAAGGACACAGUAGAGGUAGAAUGGCAUCAAAGGAAUCCAAGCCAAAUCUUACCCAUGCACAAGUGUCUGAGUUAGUUAUACGUCUGUACGGCCUGACUGAGUCUGAGAUCCGUCCACUUCCUAGUUACGAUGACCAAAAUGCCUAUGUGUGUGUGAGCGAUGGUGGGGAGUAUGUGCUGAAGGUCAUGAACUCUGGGGACAGCCAGAACCCCACUCUGCUGGAGCUACAGACCCACGCCAUGAACUUCCUGCAUUCGAAGGGACUUCCUGCCCAGACAGCCAUUCCUACUAAGACUGGCCAGCUCAUGAGUCUAGAGGAGAUCGACUGUGGCUGCGGGCUUCAGAAGUACCUGGUGCGUUUGCUGACUUAUUUGCCUGGUACAACUGUUGCCAAGAUUCCUUCCUCCCCUAAUAUCCUUUACCAAGUAGGGAAAAUGGCUGCCACCAUGGACAAAGUCUUCCAGGAAAUGGAGCACCCCAAUCUGCAUGUGCUUCAGAGAGAGAACUUCAUCUGGAGUCUGUCCAGCAUCCCUCUGCUGGAACAGUACCUGCCUGUGAUGGACGGCGACCCCAUGCAGGAGGUCGUCAGCAAGGUCAUCGCACAGUACCAGGCACAGGUGAUCCCCAAGAUGUCGGCCUUCCG